AUGGACAUUGCAAGUGUAUUGCUGCACCUCAAUGCACCAUGCAUUGGUGCAGCUGAUCUGGUGCUUGCAUUACUGCUCCCCGUUCCCCAGUAUCUCGAUUACCCUGAGUAUCCCCGUUCUCCCAUCAUCCCCAUUACCGUCACCUUCCCGUUCCCCCCAUCUCCCCGUUCCCCCCAUCGCCCCGUUCCCCCCAUCUCCCCGUUCCCCCCAUCGCCCCGUUCCCCCCAUCUCCCCGUUCCCCCCAUCGCCCCGUUCCCCCCAUCUCCCCGUUCCCCCCAUCGCCCCGUUCCCCCCAUCUCCCCGUUCCCCCCAUCGCCCCGUUCCCCCCAUCUCCCCGUUCCCCUCAUCGCCCGUUCCCCCCAUCAUCUCCAUGACCUGUUUCUCCCCAUCCCCAUCCCCAUGCACCUGGGCAGUGUGCGUGAAGUGCAUGCGCUGCUGCAGCUGCAGGAGGCGUGGGUGGGCACGUGGGCGGGCAACAGCAACGCCACCACGGCGUGCUCUGCGUGGGCUGGCGUCACCUGCAGCCCCAACGGGGCCGUCCUUGCCCUGGACUCCAACGCCUUUGCCAUGGAUCCUCCUCCCACUGGCACCAUUCCUGCUGCCAUCACUGACCUCACCACCCUUCGAUACCUGUGCGUCCACUCUACCCUCUCGCUCUCCCAUUUCCUCUCAUCCCUCCUGCACCAUGUUUUCCAUUUCCCCUUUGCCCCUCCCUUCGAUCUGACGUACGGCAUCAACCUCGAGGGCCCCAUGCCAUCCCUCUCACCUCUCACCCACCUCACUCACCUGUACGUCUCACACCCUCCUCUCUCAUCACAAGAAACACGCCUCCCAUCCCCACACAGCCCCUCACCACCACCCCUCACCACCCCUUAUUGCCCCUCACCUCACCGCCCCCCCGCUCACUCGCAUGGACUACAUGUGAUCACGGAACCGUCAUGUUCUUCUGACCUGUCCUUUUUUUCCUUCGAGGACUUCGUUCCAAGCCCCCGCUUUUCACUCAAUCAAUCAAGAUUGUCGUUGCCCUUUGCAGCACAUGCCCCAUCCCACAGUAUGGGCCGCAUUGCCCCCUGCGCAUGCCCAAUCCCCCUGCACAUGCCAUAUCCCCCUGCACAUACCCAAUCCCCCUGCACAUGCCUUAUCCCCCUGCACAUGCCCAAUCCCCCUACACAUGCCCCCUCCCUAUUCGUGCCCCUCCCCCCUGCACAUGCCCCACCCACCCGCCUGCCUGUGUGCAUCGCUCCCUGUAGAGCCCUGGGAGCAGACAGCUGCUUGCUCACCGGCACUGUGGACGAACUCUCGUGGCUCUCCUCCCUCUCCGCCCUGCAGUUAUUGUAA